AUGGCUAUAGACCUUUAUCAAAAGCAAGUGCCACUACAUGGAAUUACUAAAGAAAAUAGUUUAAAAUCAAAAGACCAGUUAAAAAUAGAUACUAUAUUUAAAACUACAACUAGUAAUUUAAAGCACAAACAAAAUCAAACCUAUUCUUUAGUCGAAUGGAUUAUUGAUAGUGCGCAACCAUUAUAUAUUUUAGAAUCACAAAAAUUUAAAGCAUUUAUUGCUACUUUAGAUCCUUAUUAUGAAUUACCCACCUGUAAAGCUGUUAAAUCAAUGAUACAUAAUGCUUAUAAUUUUUCUUCUAAUGUUUUAAAACAAAAAUUAAAAGAUACUGCAACUUCAU